AUGAGUCAAUACUCAACACAGUAUCAGUCAUACAUCCCGUGGGACUACACCCUGAUAUCAACCUCCGGGUCAUGCCCCUCCAAGUCUCGAGUCCUCGCCACAUAUGCUGUCACCGCCGCCAUCAUCAGCACCUUGUGCCUUCUCGUCGGCCACCGCGACAUCGCCAGAUGGUUGACCUUUGGAAAGCUUGAUAGUGAGAAAGCCUGGGCCUGGCGAUUGACAUGGGUCUUUCCGUUUGGAUUCUCGCUCGCCGCUGCAGCCAUCAACGUCGUCAUCAUUGCACAGCACGAAGGCCGUUCCAGCGACUAUCCAAGGCAUUCGCUCUUUCUGCUACAGUUGACCCUUCCGAGGAUGUCAUUCUUUUGUCUUCUCAUUGCCUUUUGGGUACAGCUGCUUGCCAAGUCUCCCCAGGCCAACGCAGCCGACAAAGGCUUGGUCGCUGAACUCCAACACGGCUCAGCAGCCGCAAGCGCCUUGAUCGCCGAGCUUCUUAUCCAGAUCCCGCUCCUGUACUACCUUGGCAAGAUAGGUUACUUUGCCUUCAACCAAAAGUACCUACCCACAGACUCAAACUACGGUCAAGUUCCCAAGGCGGCAAAGAUGAUGCACGGUGCUGCUCUUUAUCACCUCGGCAGCAGCUGCGCUGCCCUACUCCUUUUGAUUGUGUUUUGCACGGGCCUUUUUCCUUCAAGCGAGUUGACCAAGCACCUCCGGAUGAAAUACGUCAUUUGUGUCUGUGUUGUCUUGGGAAUGUUCACUUUCUGUGCGGAUUGGAUCUUCUGGGCUGGCUUUCUGGAACUCGCCGGAGAUACAUACUGUGUACCUGAGCUUGAGUUGCAAGCCGGAAUCCGAAUUGUUCUGUCGGCACUUGGUGCUUUCUUUGGGGGAGCUAUCUGA